ACUUUUCCAUUUACUCUUUGUAUUUUUAUCCAUUUCAGAUUGGUUUAGUAGCAAUAAUACGCGCCUUCAUAGCUUAUUUCUCUCUUAAUUUUUUCAUUUAGGGUCUGGUAUUUCUCUCUAGUUGUUUUUUUUUUGGUCCGUAUAAAGGGUUCGAGGCAUCUAGUGGUAAAUAUCAUUGUAAAGCUUCUUAAAAUGUUCAAGCAAAGUCUGAAUGUUGGCUAUCAUGGCAAUGCUGGAAGCAUAGAAUUAGAAGAAAGUGGGUGGAGCAUUGGGGAAUGUUACAUAUUUAUGUUGUCUUGAUUUACUGGGGUUUCUGUAUUUCGUGGACACUCAUUUUCUUCAUUUUUUAUUGUUUUGGCAUUUGGUUUCACUUGUGGUAUUGGUGGAAGGGGUGUGAGAGAGAAGUUGCUGAUGCUGCCAAGGGUAGUUCGGAGGAACAGAAGAGCGAAAGCAUCAUGCGACUUUCAUGGGCGCUUGUUCACUCUAGGCAAGCUGAAGAUGUGCAGCGUGGGAUAGCUAUGCUUGAAGCAUCAUUGGCCAAUAGCAGCUCUCCGUUGCAGCAGAGGGAGAAAAUUUACCUUCUAGCCGUUGGAUAUUACAGAACUGGUGAAUUCUCAAGGAGUCGACAACUUGUGGAGCAGUGUCUGGAGAUUGCACCUGAUUGGAGGCAAGCUCUAGUCCUUAAGAAAGCAGUUGAGGAGCGCAUUGCUAAAGAUGGUGUUAUUGGAAUUGGCAUCACUGCUACUGCUCUGGGGCUUAUCGCCGGUGGAAUUGCCGCAGCUUUGACUCGCAGGCACUGAUUGAUUAAAACCAAAAUUAUACAUUUGUCCAUACUGUUCAUAUCCUUGAGAUUUUGCGCCUCUCCCCUUUGCAGGUUUUCCCCGAAAUUUGUUUUGAAUAAUUUACAACAGUAAAGUUUUAGCAUCUGUUGGGUAGAUUCUUCCAAUGGAUGGUUUUUCCCUUCUUCUAGAAAUGAUAUUUCCAUUAUGAAAUAUGACAAGACACCAUCCUUGUGAAAAUAAAAAUUAAUUAUUGAUGGCA